GCUGUUACAACCGGUUAAUUAGCAGGUGAAAAUUGUUUCUUUAGAAAAUUAAAAUUUGUAAAUAUACAACAAAAUGGCCCUGCGACGCUGUCACUUGAACCCAAAGAAAACGCUAUUCCUGCUAUGUGACAUUCAAGAAAAAUUCCGACCGGCUAUGCCGCUGUUCGACAACAUGGUCAAGAACGUCGACAAACUUACCAAGGCGGGAAAGGCAUUAGAUGUUCCCCUGAUUGUCACCGAACACUAUCCAGAAAAACUUGGAAAGACCGUGGCCCAACUUGAUGUGAGCCAUGCGAAGCUGGUCUCUGGGAAAACCCUCUUUAGCAUGGUCACUCCGGAAGUCAAGGCUGUGAUCAAGGAUAUUUUCAGUGACAAGCCCGAGGAUGUGGUGUUGUAUGGUCUUGAGUCUCACAUUUGCGUAGAGCAAACAGCCAUUGAUCUCCUGGAGCAGAACAUCAACGUGUACAUAGUCGCGGACUGCUGCUCCUCCAGGCUAAAUCAGGAUCGGGAUUUGGCGUUGGACCGAUUGCGCCAAGCAGGCUGUGUGAUCACCACCAGCGAGAGCGUUAUUUUCGACUUGGUUCGGGAUAAGAACAACCCCAAGUUUGAUGUGGUCCGAAAACUAGUGAACCAGCCCUCGAUGGACAUGGAACUUACGCGCAAUGGGAACGGAGUGCAAGUGGGUAGUGCCAAGUUGUGAGGGAACCCCUCUCUAUGUCUGUAUGUGAUGAUGCCAAUUGCAUUUAUAUAACCAUCA